AUGGGUCGCAGGGACUCGAGUAUAUCGGGUGGAUCCGCAACCACCUCUACGAGAGUAUUGACGUGGUCGACAACCGUCUACGAGGACACGGUCCGUUCCAGCAGUCCAUGUACAAACUCGGGUCGAUAG